AUGUGGCGGGGGUUGUGGACCCUGGUAGCCCGGGCCGCACGUGGGCCUCGCAGACCGUGCACGCGCCAGGGCAGCGGCGUCCCGGUCCCCGGUUCCGGGGCCACUAUCUUCGCGCUGAGUUCCGGCCACGGCCGCUGCGGCAUCGCGGUGAUCCGAACCAGCGGCCCCGCCAGCGGCCACGCCCUCCGGAGCCUCACGGCGCCCCGGGACUUGCCCCCGGCUCGCAGCGCCUGCCUGCGCCUGCUCAGCCACCCCCGUUCCGGGGAGCCGUUGGAUCGCGCGCUGGUGCUCUGGUUCCCAGGUCCCCAAAGUUUCACGGGUGAGGACUGCGCCGAGUUCCACGUGCAUGGAGGCCCGGCGGUGGUGAGUGGCGUCCUGCAGGCCCUGGGUAGCGUGCCAGGGCUGCGGCCAGCGGAGGCCGGUGAGUUCACCAGACGGGCAUUCGCCCACGGGAAGCUGAGCCUGACCGAGGUGGAGGGGCUGGCGGAUCUAAUUCAUGCGGAAACCGAGGCGCAGCGGCGGCAGGCGCUGAGACAGCUGGACGGAGAACUGGGCCACCUCUGUCACGGCUGGGCCAGGACCCUCACUAAGGCUCUGGCUCAUGUGGAGGCCUAUAUCGACUUUGGUGAGGAUGACAACCUGGAGGAGGGCGUCCUGGAGCAAGCUAACAGCGAAGUGCGGGAGCUGCAGCUGGCACUGGGCGCACACCUUCGAGAUGCCAGGCGCGGGCAGAGGCUUCGCUCAGGGGCGCACGUAGUGGUCGCAGGACCCCCCAACGCUGGCAAGAGCAGCCUGGUGAACCUACUCAGUGCGUGGGGCCGACUCACCCUCGAGCGCGCCGCGCCGGCCGCCGGCAGCCCCCCGAAGUUCUUGGGCGAGAACGUGAGCGGGGGCUGGGUCGCGGUCGGGACCCGGAGCGGGAUCGGGGACGUGCCGGAUCUGGGGCUUUACCUGGGAGGGGCCCACGUGGAGGGGGAAUUGGAGGGUCAACUCCCAAGGAGGAAGUGCGGCUGA